AUGGAGUUUCUUGUUGCUGAUGCUGAACGAAUGUAUACAGAAAAUGGUAAGCUGCAACAUCUUUCGUACUGGUCGUACAAGGUGUUAACACGAAGUUACUUAAAAAGCUACCAAAAUCCCCCACUGUUUCCUUAUGAAAGUCAUUCAGAUAAUUUUAUUAAAUCAACAGAUUAUGUGGAUUUUUGCACAUGGCAUCGCUACUCUGAUUUUGAGUGGCUUGCAGCAGAGAUGGAGCUAGAGUUUCCUGGAAUUCUUUUUCCACCUAUUCCUCCUAAAGAGACAGAUGGGACAUUAGAUAAAUUUACAGGUUUAUUCAACAACACAAAGGAUGAGGAUGUAACGCAUAAGGAUCACCCUCUGGUGGGAAAACGUAUACGACUUCUACAAUUGACUUUAAAUGCUGUAUCAAAAAUUCAUGAAAUUCAUGAAUCCUCUAUUUUAAAAGCAUUUGUAACAUUAGAUGAACGAGGUUGGUAUGCAUUUCGAGAGGAACGUCGAGUAAAAAAUAAAACUUCUUUAUUUUCCUCAUUUAAGACGAAAAGUUUUGAUUUUUUCUCAAAAAUAAAAUCCAUUGGUGAUACAGGAGAACCUCCUUGUCUUAAUUCAUCCCCUCUUGGUGUACUGUUUGCUCAGCAAAAUGACUUUUCAGUAUUAUUAAAUGAUUGCUAUGUUCAAGUUGCACACAUGGUAAAAGACUGUACAGGUGAGUUACGAAAUUGGUCUGAUGUGGAUGCGCUCUGCAAACCCACACAGGGUUCUCCUUUGCCGUGGACAGCGUGUUACAUUGGACACCUUGUGCAGCAUGCAAAGCAGAAGGGAUUGGAGGGAGUAGUGCGGGCUAUGGAUGAUAAAUAUGCCACUGUGGAAUGGAAUGGAGAAAAUAGAGUCAUUUCACAAGUUCCAUUAGAUGAACUGAAUUAUCCAUCCUCAGGAGUAAGUGAUCCGGCAGUAUUUGCAUUUCAGGAACUUACUGCUCAAAUUGAAUCCUACUGUAUGUAUUUGAGUCGUCUCCCAGAGACUUCCACACUAAAGGGUAUUGAAGAUAAAUUAUGGUUUUUGUCUAUGUACGCAAAGCGAUGUUUACAAGCUAUUGAUCACAUAAAAGAAAUAGGAGGUCGGUUACAAUCCUUAACAAAAGCAACUGAUAAAAAGUGUACAGCUGAGCAAACACAACGACUUGAACAAUUGAAAGAAACUCUUUCAAAGAGUUCAUCACGUCUUGUUCGUGAGUACAACAAUUUUUAUCGUCCCUUUAUGAAGGAGCUAUUACUAGAUGUGGCGCGUAAAUUUGGAGAGGUUUCAGUCAUGCUUAUGAGUGAUACUGAAUGGAAAGAACGUCUUUCAAGAGCAGAUUCUUUAUUAACCCUUCAGUUUGAUUUUACUCCAUUAGAUGAUGAUGUACAAGGCUCAAUUGCUGAAGUAGAGGAGGAUAAUACAUUAUCGACUCAUCCUUCUUUUUCUUGA